AUGCAGUGUUCAGAUAGAUUGGGGUUUCCUAAGACAGAUCCUGCGAGAUGGAGGCUUUAUUCAGACGAAUUGGGGGCCACCCAAUGGAAGUAUCUCACUUCGGACAAGGAGCUUGAUGAAAACCCUCAAUCAUUUUAUGUCAAAUAUAUCUUGCAAAAUAUGACCCCGGAAGAGCUUGACCAACUUGUACGGGAAACCAAUUCAAAUAUUGAUGAGUCUCGCUCACAAUCUUUUAAUACUGCCGUGAAAGGUGGGAGAUUCUUGAAGAAGUUUCAAGAGCCUUCAGGUAUUUUCCCAAUGCAGUAUAAGGGCCCGAUGUUCAUGACCAUUGGCUAUAUUGUCGUCAACUAUAUAUCCAACAAUGAAAUAGAAGAUUCCACUAAAAUAGAACUCAUCAGAUACUUGGUUAAUACGGCUCACCCAGUCGAUGGGGGCUGGGGCCUUCACGAAGUUGAUAAAUCAACGUGUUUUGGCACUAGUCUUGGAUACAUCUCUUUACGUCUUCUAGGGGUACCUGCAGAUAAUCCAGUUUGUGUAAAGGCAAGAAAGACUUUACAUUCAUUUGGAGGUGCCAUUAACAACCCGCAUUGGGGUAAAGCUUGGUUAUCAGUUUUGAACUUAUUUAACUGGGAUGGGGUGAAUCCUGCACCAGCGGAACUUUGGCUUACCCCAUACAAGUACAAUCCUAUCCAUCCAGGGAAAUGGUGGGUCCAUACCAGAGCAAUUUAUCAACCUUUGAGUUACUUGUGUGCUAUUAAAUACCAGGGUCCUGAAACUAAACUCAUCAAAGAAAUCAGAUCGGAAAUUUUUAUAAAAGAUUUCGACAGCAUUCAGUGGUCAAAGCAUAGAAACGAUGUUUGCGGUGUUGAUUUAUACUAUCCGCAUACCACCGUUUUGGAUAUUGCUAACUUUGCUAUGGUACAGUAUAAUAAGUAUAUUAGACCUAAAUGGCUUGUGAAAUAUGCCAACAAAAAAGUUUACGAGCUCAUCAAAAAGGAGAUGUUUAAUACUGGCGGGCUUUGUAUUGCCCCAGUUUCUUAUGCAUUCAACGCUUGCGUGGUUCUUAUUGAAGAAGGCGCAGAUUCGGAACUUUUCAAAAAUAUGCUCCGUGAUUUCAAGGAUGUAUUAUUUCACGGACCUCAAGGAAUGACAGUGAUGGGAACCAACGGUGGUCAAGUUUGGGAUGCUAGUUUUGUUGUCCAAUAUUUCUUUAUGAGUGGACUCGCAGAACUUGACGAGUUUGAAGACUUAAUCAUUAGAUCGUUCAAAUUCCUUUUAAGAUCGCAAUUCACUACUGAUUGUAUUGAUGGAUCAUUUAGAGAUAAAAGAACUGGUGCGUUCCCAUACUCAACCAAAACUCAGGGCUACACCGUUAGCGACUGUACUGCUGAAGGGAUCAAGGCCCUUAUCAUGGUUUCACAGCACCCAAAAUAUGCUGAAAAAGUUAAGGGGCUUAUUGACGAACAGUUACUUUUCAAAGGAAUUGAUGUACUUUUAUCGUUACAGAAUCUUGGAAACUUCCACUACGGUUCUUUUGCCACUUACGAAAAAAUCAGAGCCACCCCAUUGUUAGAGAAAAUCAACCCUGCGGAAGUCUUUGGUAACAUCAUGGUGGAAUAUCCUUACGUGGAGUGUACCGACUCGGCGGUUCUUGGGCUCACCUUUUUCACAAAAUACUAUGACUAUCGUCACGAAGAAAUUCAAUUCUCGAUUUCCAAGGCCAUUGAUUAUAUCUGCGGUGCUCAGAAUCCUGAUGGAUCAUGGUAUGGUUGUUGGGGUGUCUGUUUCACUUAUGCUGGUAUGUUUGCCCUUGAAGCAUUAUCUACAGUGAAGAGAUCGUAUAAUGAUGACCCGGUGGUCCGUAAAGGUUGUGAUUUCUUUGCGUCCCGUCAAAUGCCAAGUGGUGGUUGGGGUGAAAGCAUGAAGAGUAGCGAAACUCAUACAUAUGUGGAUAGCGAACGCCCUCUAGUGGUCCAAACGGCGUGGGCUUUAAUUGGAUUGAUUUUGGGUAAAUAUCCUAACAAACAGAUCAUUGACAACGGGAUUAAAUUCUUGAUCGCCCAACAACAACCAAAUGGGGAAUGGGUUUCAGAAGGUAUUGAAGGGGUCUUCAAUCAUUCUUGUGCCAUUGAAUAUCCAAACUAUAGAUUUGCCUUCCCUAUUAAGGCCUUGGGUUUGUAUGAUAGAAUGUGCAAAGGCACUUUAUAA